GCGGGGCCGCGGGGCAGGGGCAGGGCCAGGGGAAGCGGAAGGGGCAGCAAGAAAGAAAGCAAAGCAAGGGAAGGGCAGGGAAGGGCAGGGCAGGGCAGGGCGAGGGGGAGGGCGAGAGAGAGAGAGAGCGAAGCAGCAGCAGCAGCAGCGGCAGCGGGAGGACGAGGAGCGACGGCACGAGCGGUAGAUGGGGAGGAGAGGUGACGAGAGGAGAGGGAAUGGAGUAAGAGCAGCGGCGGAUGGCGAUCAGAGUUUUGGCGAGAGGAGUGAAUGCGAUUGAGGAGGCGACGACGGGGAAUUAUUGGGGACAAUGAGCGCGCCGGUCGGCCAUUGCUUCGACUUCUCGGUGGUGCUUUGAGCGCGCAGAAUUCGUAAUUCGGGGGCAAUUGGUCGCACCUCGGAGCCGCGUGCCGCGUGCAGCGUGCAGCGUGCACAAGCGAGUGGAGGGCGAGCGGUGGUCGGGAUUAGGGGCUGAUUCAAUCUCCGGGUGGUGUAGAAGCAAAAGCUCUUUCGCUCGGUGAGGAGCUCUGUUCGAGAAGGCGAGGCGACGAGAAGAGAGGAGACGAGGCGACGAGACGAGACGAGACGAGAAGAAACGAGAAGAGAAGUUGAAGGGAAGGGAAGGGAAGGGCAGGGAGAGGAGGGCAGUGGUCGUAAUGCUCGCUUCAAGCGUUUGGGAUUCGGAUGAUUUCGGUAGACGUGCCAUUCAAGAGAAACAGCAGAUUGGGUUGGAGGUAUCCGGCGACGGGGAUAGGUAGCGAGAGUGGAGCGCACAUCGGGACUUGGGCUGGUGCAUGACGACGGAUGUUCCACGAAUUUCUGGACGUUGUGAAGCACGUCGUUCCACCAAAUGUCGUGGCGCCGUGGGCGAGCAUGGAUGUGAGCCAGUGCCUGAGCACGGCAGAAACUGUGGUUUACGCUUCUCUGGCGGGAAUUGAUGGAGUGAUCGCUGUGGCAGCGUUUGUCCAGCUAUUCAGGCUUUACACACAUAGUCGACAGAAUGUUUGGACACGACAAAAGGUCUUUCAUUGUUUAAUAGGUGCAUCAAACCUGGGAUACACGGUGUAUUUUGUCUUGAACCCUCAAGCCGCAUGUGGAGAUUGGCCUUGCUGGCCCCAUGCUUGUGGAUUUGUCCUUAUAGCUGUUCCUCAGAUUGUUUUUUUGGCAACUUUCUUGCUACUGCUCUCUUUCUGGGUUGAUGUUUGCCAUCAAGCCACAGAUCAGGAGGAAGAAGAAGAGGAUGAUGAUGACGAGGAUGAAAAUCAAACCUACACCGCAGUUCCUCCUUCAUCUCCAGUUGUUAGAUUACAGCACGUGGAGAAACAUAGGAGAUGUUGUAUAUGCAUAAAGAAACUUCGAGUGCGCGGCCGACAGAAGUUUGUUAUUGCGGCGGUGGCUUUGAUGUGUGCAUUGACGGCAGCAUUUGCUAUUCUUAUCUGGUACGGAAUGGGGGACAAUGUGGUCGACUCAGCAACUUUGGCUGAGGUGUAUUCUUACUUUUAUGCAGUAGUGAUACUUUUGUCAGGAGGAGGACUAGCCGUUUACGGGCUGACAUUAUAUCAUAAAAUGUGCAAGUUAAGGUCAGGAAAACAAUCUGCUGAUAUCACUAAGGUUGCAGGGUUAGCUGUGGUUUCUGUGGUGUGUUUUACGCUGAGAGCAUUACUCGUCUUCGUAAGUGACAUACCGGUGAUUAACAUUUGGCAUGUACGGCAAGAGAACAAGAAGCUUGCUGCCCUAUCUACCUUCUUGUACUACUUUGUAGGUGAAUCCAUUCCGGCCAUUGUCGUGCUUUGGGUUAUGAGGGAUAUGCCCCCAGGGUCCAGAUCAGGUACUCACCACACUCGAAUCGACACCGUCGUUAAUGAAACGACAUUGGAAAACGGACUGGGGCAAACACUUAUACCGCAGGAUACACUUAUGCAAGGAUUGUUGGGAAGGUGGAUGAUACCUACCAACGACGCCGAACCUGGAGGAGUGUAUGCCUACAAGUCCAAAGCAUCCUCCCCUUCACUUGAGGUGGACAGGGUCAGUCCGGAUUGAUAAAGUCGCGGAUGCCACAUAUUACUACGUUAGGUGUCGUCCAAAUCCGGACAGAGGCCGAAAUCGAGUGAAUUGUAAUAUUGAUUGUCAGGGUAUGACAGUUGCCACUCUUUCCCAGCUUAAAUGGGAUGUAUAUUUGCGAAUCAGACCGAAGCUCAAAAACGAGCCUCCACACAGGAAGAGAUGUCCUGCCUUAUCACCCCUUUUAUAGGGAUUGUUUCGUGUAUUGAGUCCAUUAAACUGUAGAUUCUGUAUUCAAAUGUCUCCAAGCUUUGUAAUGGAGAGCCACAAUGGAACUGAUAUGCUGCUUGAAGACGAGCUAGGUCUUUGAAGCACUCAGCUCACGAGAGGACGCAACGAUAGAAGUAAAUACGAUUAUGUACCAAAGAAUUCAGAUGUCUUUGCAGCGUGUUCUGUGGAAAUGAAUAAAACGUGAAUUUGUAGCAAUAGGAAAAAGUACAGUUUGUGAAAAAAACUAGUAACAGAACUGCAUUUAGUCCCAAAGAAAUAAACAUUGUUCAUUGUGCACUCU